GCUAGCUGCCUCCUGUCUCUCACAGAUUGAAAAGAAAAGAGCGAGCCAAAGAGGAGGAGAGGAAAACGGCAGGUGCGUGAAACCCAGUCCCGCCUCCAUUAAUAGGGGGGAUGCGUGUCCCGGCUACCUCAGCGACGCGACCUGCCUAGCUGUGCCUCUCGCUCCUCUGGCUGCCUGCCUGCGCUGGCCAAUCCAGGGAGAGGCCACAGAGCAUCGUGAGAGAUAGCCUCCCUCUAGCUAGUAGGAGUAGGAGAGGGAGAGGGAGAGGGAGAGCAGCGAGGUGGAGUGGAGAUGGACGGCGGCAGCAACGUCGAGGCGUGGCGCGGGGCCGUGUCGCCGGCGGCGCGCUACGCGGAGUCCGGCGGCGCCAGCCUCACGUGGGAGAACCUCACGGCGGUGCUGCCGGGCGGCGGCGGCCGGGCCACCAAGAAGCUGGUGCAGGGGCUGUACGGCUACGCCGUGCCCGGCCGCGUCGUCGCCAUCAUGGGGCCCUCCGGCUCCGGCAAGUCCACGCUCCUCGACUCGCUCUCCGGGAGGCUGGCCAGGAACGUGGUCCUCACCGGGAAGGUGCUGCUCAACGGCAAGAAGAGGCGGCUGGACUACGGCGUCGUGGCGUAUGUGACCCAAGAGAACAUACUACUGGGCACGCUGACGGUACGGGAGACGCUGACCUACUCGGCGCUGCUGCGGCUGCCGUCGAGCAUGCGCAAGUCGGAGGUGCGCCGCAUCGUGGACGACACGCUGGACGAGAUGGGGCUCCGGGAGUGCGCCGACCGCCACAUCGGAACCUGGCACCUCCGCGGCAUCAGUGGCGGCGAGAAGAAGCGCCUGAGCAUCGCGCUGGAGAUCCUCACCCGCCCGCGCCUCCUCUUCCUGGACGAGCCCACCAGCGGCCUCGACAGCGCUGCCGCCUUCUCUGUCGUGCAGACGCUGCGGCAGCUCGCCGUCGAUGGCGGCCGCACCAUCGUCUCCUCUGUGCACCAGCCCAGCAGUGAGGUCUUCGCGCUCUUCGACGACCUCUGCCUCCUCUCCAGUGGCGAGUGCGUCUACUUCGGAGAUGCAAAGCUGGCAACGCAGUUCUUUGCGGAAACAGGGUUCGCCUGCCCCAGCCGGAGGAAUCCGUCUGACCAUUUCCUCCGGUGUGUCAACUCUGACUUCGACGACGUCGCUGCCACCAUGAAAGGAUCCAUGAAGCUGCGAGCAGAGGCAGAGCUUGAUCCCCUGUUGAACUACUCCACGACAGAGAUCAGAGAACGGCUAGUGGAGAAGUACAGGAUCUCCGAUUAUGCCAUGAUGGUUAGGAACACAAUACACGAGAUAACCAAGAUUGAGGGUGUGGUGGAGGAGGUGAUCCGCGGCAGCGAGGCGAGCUGGUUCAAGCAGCUGCGCACGCUGACGAGUCGAUCCUUCACCAACAUGUCCCGGGACUUGAACUACUACUGGCUGCGCAUCAUCAUCUACAUCGUCAUGGCCUUCUGCCUGGGCACCAUCUACUACGACGUGGGCACCAGCUACACGGCCAUCCAGGCGCGUGCCUCGUGCGGCGGCUUCGUGUCCGGCUUCAUGACCUUCAUGUCCAUCGGCGGCUUCCCGUCCUUCAUCGAGGAGAUGAAGGUGUUCACACUGGAGCGCCAGAAUGGCCACUACGGCGUCGCUGCCUACAUCAUCUCCAAUUUCUUGUCCUCCAUGCCGUUCCUGCUCACCGUGUCCUGGGCCAGCGCCUCCAUCACCUACUGGAUGGUCAAGUUCCGGCCGGGCUUCAGCUACUUCGCCUUCUUCGCUCUCAACCUCUACGGUGGCGUCUCCGUCAUCGAGAGCCUCAUGAUGAUCAUCUCUGCCCUCGUGCCAAACUUCCUCAUGGGCCUCAUCCUCGGUGCCGGCGUCAUUGGGAUCAUGAUGUUGACGUCAGGAUUCUUCCGGCUGCUUCCGGAACUUCCGAAGAUCUUCUGGCGGUACCCAGUGUCCUACAUUGUCUAUGGCUCAUGGGGAUUGAAGGGAGGGUACAAGAACGACCUGAUCGGUCUGGAGUUCGAGCCCAUGAUGCCGGGGCAGCCGAAGCUGAAGGGCGAGUACAUCAUCACCGAGAUGAUGGGGCUGAGCCUGAACCACUCCAAGUGGCUGGACCUCGCCAUGAUCUUCGUCCUCCUCUUCGCCUACCGCGUCACCUUCUUCGUCGUGCUCAAGGUCAAGGAGGCCGCCGCGCCGUACAUCCGCGUGGCCUACACGCGCUUCACCGUCAAGCGCCUGGAGCGGCGCGCCUCGUUCAGGAAGACGCUGGCCAUGACGUCACUGUCGAAGCGGCACAGCCAGCCGCACCCCAUGGCCAUCCAGGAGGGGCUCAACUCGCCCAUGCCGUACUGAGCAGAGGAACACGAAGAGCAGCUGGAAUGGAGCUGGUAGCUAAUGGUAGCGGUUUGAUAUCACCGAUUACUUGUGGAUGUGCUUACAGAUAUGUUUGUUCGAUUGUUUAGGUGUUGGAGCGUUUCACAAAGAUACCCACGAUACAGUAUUGAAAGCAUUCGUUUCACUGUAAUAACUCUUCUGAACACGAUACACAUACAAGAUAGCGUUGUGCCUACCUGUUUUUUGUUUUACCUUUUGUUUUGUAAACAUUAAAUUCAUGCAAUGAUCUCCACAAAAAUCAUGCAGUGAAAAUAAUACUCUAGGAUUUUUUUAGUUUUGUUUUGUAACGUAUGGGUAAUAAUGUUUUCUGAGCUGUUUGGAGAAUAAACUUCCUGGCUGAAAUUUUACGGUG